AUGACCAUCGGGCCCGAGUUUGACAAGUCCAAGGCGGACGGGUACUACGACACCAUCAUUGUCGGCGGCGGUACGGCUGGGUGUGUGCUUGCGUCGCGGCUGACGAGCUACCUGCCGCACCACCGCGUGCUCGUCAUCGAGGGCGGCCCCUCGGACCUCGACAUCAGCCAGGUGCUGAACCUGCGCGAGUGGCUCUCCCUCCUGGGCGGCGAGUACGACUACGACUACCCCACGGUCGAGGAGAAGAUGGGCAACAGCCACAUCCGCCAUUCGCGCGCUAAAGUCCUGGGCGGGUGCAGCAGCCACAACACGCUCAUCUCCUUCCGCCCCUUCAAGCAAGACAUGCAGCGGUGGGAGGACGCCGGGGCUGAGGGCUGGAGUCAUCCGCUGAUGAUGCGACUCAUCGACAAGCUGCGCAACACGGUGCGCGUCGUCGAUGCGCGCCACCAGAACCAGCUCGUCAAGGACUGGGUCAACGCGUGCUCGGAUGCGCUCGGCAUCCCCGUCAUCAACGACUUCAACAAGACGAUCAAGAAGGAGGGCCAGCUCGACAGCGGCGUCGGCUUCUUCUCCGUCUCCUACAACCCGGACGACGGCACGCGCUCCAGUGCCAGUGUGGCGUACAUCCACCCAAUCCUGAAGGGGGAGGAGAAGCGCCCGAACCUGACCAUCCUGACCGAGGCGUGGGUCUCCAAGGUGCACGUGCAGGACGACACGGCCACGGGCGUGCAUGUGACGCUGAAGGACGGGAGCUCGCUGGACAUUUCGCCAGCGAAGAACGGCGAGAUCAUCCUCUCGGCGGGAGCGGUGGACUCGCCGCGCCUCAUGCUCCUCUCAGGCCUGGGGCCGCAGGAACAACUGAAGGAGCUCGGCAUCCCCGUGGUGAAGGACCUGCCGGGCGUCGGCGAGAAUCUCCUCGACCACCCCGAGACCAUCAUCAUGUGGCGGCUGAAGGAGGACCGGCCCGUGCCCUUGGACCAGACGACGAUGGACAGCGACGCGGGCGUCUUCCUGCGGCGCGAGCCGACACACCCGCACGACCGCGCAGCCGACAUGAUGAUGCACUGCUACCAGAUCCCCUUCACGCUCAACACGGAGCGGCUGGGCUACGCGGCCAUUCCCGAGCGCUACGCCUUCUGCAUGACGCCCAACAUCCCGCGGCCCAAGUCCAAGGGCCGUCUGUAUCUCGUCAGCAAGGACCCCAAGGUCAAGCCCGCGCUGCACUUUAGGUACUUCACCGACCACGGGGGAUACGACGCCGCCACGCUCGUGGCGGGCAUCAAGGCGGCAAGGGAAGUCGCCAAGCAGGCCCCCUUCUCCGACUGGCUGCUGGAGGAGAUCGCCCCGGGCCCCAAGUGCCAGAGCGACGAGGAGAUUAGCGAAUACGCACGCCGCGCAGCGCAUACCGUCUACCACCCCGCGGGCACGACGCGCAUGGGCUCCCCCCGCGACAGGAUGGCCGUUGUCGGCCCCGACCUCCGCGUGCGCGGGAUGAAGAACCUGCGAGUCGCCGACGCGGGCGUCUUCCCCGAGAUGGUGUCUGUCAACCCCAUGCUGACCGUGCUCGCCAUCGGCGAGCGCGCGGCCGAGCUCAUGGCCAUGGAGAAGGGGUGGAAGGGCGACGACGCUGCGAAACUCUAA